CAUACUGUGAAGUAUCAACAUUUAAUAUAUAUAUAUUUUUUUAACCUUUAUUUAACUAGGCAAGUCAGCUAAGAACAAAUUCUUAUUUACAACGACGGCCUACCGGGGAACAGUGGGUUAACUGCCUUGUUCAGGGACAGAACGACAGAUUUUUACCUUGUCAGCUCAGGGAUUCGAUCUAGCAAACUUUCGGUUACUGUCCCAACGCUCUAACCACUAGGCUACCCUGCCGUCACCAUUUACUUUAUAAGUGGACCUGGAUACCAGAACCAGAACCAGGGUACCAGAAUCUACCUCUUCUCCAUUAUAAUUGAGGGUAAAAUAUUUUUGGACUGAAAUAUUCCUUUCCUGAGGAUGUUGAGGUAUUGGACACCGCGUACACAGAUGAGAGGAGUAGAGAGACUCAUCUUCCUGUUUUGGCUGCUGCAAGGGGUCCCCUUCAUUGAUGGUGUGGAAGAGGCAGACAAUGAGAUAGACUAUAGUGCAGACUCGGAUGAUAUCCCCUUAAUUGAUGGUGUGGAAGAGGCAGACAAUGAGAGAGACCAUAGUACAGACUCGGACGAUAUCCCCUUAAUUGAUGGUGUGGAAGAGGCAGACAAUGAGAGAGACCAUAGUACAGACUCGGACGAUAUCCCCUUAAUUGAUGGUGUGGAAGAGGCAGACAAUGAGAGAGACCAUAGUACAGACUCGGACGAUAUCCCCUUAAUUGAUGGUGUGGAAGAGGCAGACAAUGAGAGAGACCAUAGUACAGACUCGGACGAUAUCCCCUUAAUUGAUGGUGUGGAAGAGGCAGACAAUGAGAGAGACCAUAGUACAGACUCGAACGAUAUCCCCUUAAUUGAUGGUGUGGAAGAGGCAGACAAUGAGAGAGACCAUAGUACAGACUCGGACGGUGACCUGUCUGUGUUGCUGGGGGCGGGUGCUGCUGGAAUGGGUCUCCUCGCGGUCCUAGCGCUAACCUACAGGAGAAUGCAUGUCAAGAGGUCAUGGAAUUUAAAUCCGGAGAACACACCAGAACUCAUGCUAACAUACUUGUGCACACACAAACACACAGCCCAUCCCUCUGUCUUUGUGUGCCAGAACAAUUGUGUGGCCAACGAGGAAGCAACAGAAGAAACCACAGCAGAACAUGUAAGGAACGUGGAACCAAUCUUUGUAGAACCCUAGAGGAACAUAAAUACAGAACACAGGAUGGACUGGAGAUGUUUCUUUUCAAUUGUCUUUCGUUUUAAACCAGGGUUAUCUUCACGUCACACGACUUAGGCACUAGCUAUGUCACUCCCUGCUACCAACACACAACCCCUACCACAAUGUCCUAGCGGACCAAACUGAUUCAAAACUAGUAGUCAAUUGAAUUUUCAAAGCCAAGUGGUUUGAUUUUAUUUCUAUGAAUGUGAAAAAUGUAGAGAAAAAAAACACUGCUCAGCUCAGGAUGGUUGUGGAGUUAAACCAACUACAGGACAAACAAAUUAAUUAAAUUUCCAUGCAUGGCAUCUAACUCAACUUCACACAUAUUCCUUAAACAUCAAAACACAUAUCCCACACAUCUGUGACACACAGCAACACUGAAUAAUAAGAUACACUGUACAUAUAAACUAUAUUUGGUUAGAAAAUAUUAACAUCAUUGGAUUGUUUCAGCAGUCUAUUAUUAAGAUCUGGCUGGCCUACCUUAUAUCCAUCUCUGGCAACUGAUUCUGGUUUUACCUAUUAAAUAUAUUCCUAUUGAAUGCUCUCUAAGAAAUGUACCAUUGCUCAUCAGACCAUAAUUUGUAAAUAAAUAAAUAAAUAAAUAAAUAAUUCCUUAUAUCUGCAA